AUGGAUAAAGAGGACGAGUGCAUUUGUCUGGCGGACCUCGCUCGGCCCGAGGAUGAUGGUUUUAAUGCCGUCUUUGAGGCCCUGGAGAAGGAGGUGUUCCCCGAAAGCCACCGCAAGAAUGUGCGCGAGGAAGGCGAUGACACAAAGAUGCUGGGGAUGUGCCUCGGUGUGACCAGCCACUACACGAAGGGGGCUCAAGUGUCAGCGGCGACACGUCACAGGCCAGGCCUUGCCAGGCUACUUUGCAGCUUUGCCCGGAAGGAGAUUCCAGACUUCCACUUCACAUCGAUUCAAGUCAACAAGGACUACCAAGCUGCAAUGCAUGUGGACAAAAACAAUCUUGGACCCUCCUGGAUUGUUGGCUUAGGCAACUACACUGGUGGAUGGCUUUGGAUGGACACGCAUGGAGAAAUGGGCCGCGCAACCGACGUAAGGAGAAAAUGGCUGAAGUUCGAUGGCCGGAAGCCGCAUUGUGUAACACCUUUUCGUGGGCGCAGAUACACUCUGGUGUUCUUCACGUAUUCCAACCCGCAGAAAUCGACGUCCUUGUGCCGGCAGGCAGAUUUUUUCACAGCAGCUGCAGCAGCUGCAGUAGUGCGAAGCGAUCCGAGGGCAGUGUGCAGCAACCGUGCAAGUGCUGCUUCUGUCAGCAGGCCGCUGCCCUGUCCGACUUUGAGUGUACAAGCCGCACGCUACAGCUUUCAGCGCUUCAAGCAGAAGGUGGCUGCUCGUGGCGGGCUCCGGCGGAAGGCUCUGAUCGUUCAGGCAGAGUCGCAGAGCGAAGAGAGGCUGAAGGCUGAAAGGCUGAGCUUUCAUCACGAAGCUUUGCAUUACGCCAUGAAGCUGCAGCCUGCAGAAGCAAGUUCGUUGACUGAUGAAGCAGCAGUGAAGAUGCACGAUCAGCGAUUCGAGAACAUCUCCAUAGCACGCGGGGUCCUGGACGUGUUUCCGGAGACGGAUGUCAUGGGGUUCCAGUGCCAAGAAAAAGGGGUUCAAGCUGCGAGCCUCUGGCUUUUUGAAACUGCGAAGUUUGGAGGACUCGCCGUGGCUGCAGUGCUGGCGCUCCUGUCAGAGACGUACCGACUGGCCUCUCGGCCUGAGUAUGGUCCUGUGACCCACAGCUGGAAUCAAUUUGUCUGGAGAUUUGUAGGACGAAUCUCGCACAGUCUCGACCUUGAUUGUCCAAUCAUCCAUCCCUUCAUGGCAGACAGCGGGUCUGAGCAGCCGGAGCUCCAUUUGGUGGCAGCCCUCCGACCGGACAUUGUCCGUGCCGUGGCCUCUUGGCAGGAAGACCUCCGUCAUUCAGCCUGGUCUCGGUGUCGGGGUGCCGUCCGGGUUGCCUGCCUCUGUGGUGCCUGUUCCUGGUAUGUGCCCCGAUCCUGGCUGUCGCAGGCAACUGGCAAGGUGGAGAAGGUCAGUUGCCGGUGCACCCAAGAGGAUAAUGACCUUCUCUGCCCCAACCGUGGGGCCUGCAAAUCGUACAUCUCCUGGCUCACAGCGCGAUGUGGCUUCCAGGAGGCAUCGAGCCUGCAAUGGCUUUGGCUUCCGCCAGGCCCUCAGCCUCUCAUCGCGGCAGGCCGAGCUCCACAGGUGGAACCUGUCGGUGAUGCGGAGCCUUGUGCGAAGGGGCUCUCUCAGCGGUUUCGCUGCAAGAUCUGCCAGGUCUUGACCCAUGCUGAAGUGGUGGAGGGACCUUCGGGAAGCUCCGAAGCGGCAGCAGGAAGUCCUCGCGUUCAAACCGUACUGGUUACGACCUAUGAGGUGCUUCGUACGGCGGCUGCCCGACAGGGAUCCGCAGCCAAAGCCAACGCUGCAGACGCCCUUCAGGGUGUGGAUGAUAUCCCCAGCGAGGCCGACGUGAUGCCACGUGCGCGAGGCAUGUGUCUUCUGGUUUCCAGACAAUCAUGUCGGCCGCCGCGGCGCCUAGCCGAAACAGCUCUGUCCGAGGUCGCACUACCGGGAGCCCAACUGGAUCAUGAAUGGUGA